AUGCCAAAGGUACACUUCUCGAUUUGUGCGCAGGUUUGGACACGUGAGGCUGGAAUCCAAGCCACAGCUACAGUGGAGGGCUAUCAAUGCUUUCGCUACGUGCCUUUCGACUUUGAGCUCGUGGGUGAGGAUGAAGCGUGCAGGGGGAUCACAUCGGAGGACAGCUCUUCUCAAUACUACAGACUGCAUGAGGCGAAUUCGAGCAUCCAGCUUGCAAACUUAAACCCGUGGCGAGACGUGGCGAGACGUUUAGCAGACAUUGUCCCCUCCCUUUUGCUGACUCCAGUGAUCAAGCCUGGUAGCUGCAAGGAGCUCUGUCGCAAAGCCUCCGACGUGUGCAAAGGCAUCGAGCUCGGCCCGUUUGGCCGUUGUGAGCUGUGGACGCACGUCGGAGGAAUCCAUGCGACGAAACCGGUGACUGGACAUUCUUGCCUUCGCUUCAUGCCCUCGGACUUUGAGCUGGUGGGUAGUGGAGAGGCAGCAUGCCGCGGAGACUUUUGGUAUGAUAAUUCCGAAGCGUAUUUUGAACAUCGAAAGAAGCAGACAUUGGCCUCAUGCAAAGAGCUUUGCAGAGGCAUGGGCAGCAGGUGCAAAGGUAUCGAGUUCGGACCCUAUGGACGAUGUGAGUUGUGGACACGUCCGCAAGGCAUUCAAGCCAGCAGGCCUUUGAAGGGCUACUCCUGUUACCGUUAUGCGCCACAGAGGUACUUCAUGAGAGCGAAUCGAUAUAGACAAUCUACAGAUCGACGUAAGGUGCUCCGAGGAGAGAAGAACCUGGAAUGGAUUGGAGACAAGUGCGGGAUCCAUUCAUGUUUCUACAUGGGACCGUCCCCGUUGAAACGCUGGGAUGAUCAACCCCCGAAGAAGGGGGAUGCUAGGCGGCUGUGGCAGUUUCAUCCACCCUGCUGCUACAAGAGAUGGCUGGAGCUGUACACCCUGCAGGCAGAAGAAAUUACGUGGCACUCGCUGGGUUUGACGAUUUUCGCGUCUGUCCUCAUAGUCGCUGUGGCUGUUCUCUUCAACAACCUCUCCAUUGAUCGGUUUUACCCACAGUAUUGGUGGCCUGUGCGACCUCCAGAUGGACCACCAGGGCAACUGCUGCAACCUCCCGUGAGCUUUAUCAUGGAAGCGCCAGAACAGUGGCUGAAGGUCUACUUGGAGAAAAUCCAGGGUGGAGACGCCUCGGGCCCUCUGCAGGUCUCCAUUGCUCACAGCUGCUUCAGUGCUUUGGCAUCUCUGGUCUUCAUGCUGUCUUUGAUCCUCAUCAACGAGGCCUUUGGCUUUGAUCCCAGCAGGCUUGCAGCUGCGGCGGCCGCCUCGAGCUUGCUCUUUAGCGACUGGCAAGGUGCACAUUCUCAGCCCUUGCCGUGUCUGAUUGGCUCGUUGAUCGCUGGACUGUGUGGAAGCCUCUGCCAGGUCUUGCCGCAACUGGGGAUGGAAAUCCCGAUGUGGACUCAAGCAGCUCUGGGUGUUGGCCUCACAGCUUUUAGCAUGGAUAUGGUCAACUCAGCAUUUCCGGCAGGCGGUGCCAUUGCCCUUGGUUUCGUGGUAAAUCCUCCGCGCAUUCCCUGGGUUUCGGUCCUCUAUACUGGACUUCUCAGCUCAGCGCUCAUCAUCUAUGGCGUUUUCGUCAACAACUUGCAAGAGACGAGGCUAUAUCCACGGCGCUGGCCAUGGCAGAAGGGCACUUCCCCUCGCUACCCUCCCCCCGCCAGCCUGCCUGCGCAUCGAUACUCUGAGAGGAACCUGAUCCGAAGGUGGACGGAUGAGACCAACUCGGGAACAAGUGGAACAAAGUAUUCCAAGAUCUACGUGGGUGUCCUCACCGUUGGCCUUCAGUUCUUCUUUUUGACCUUCCUAUUCUUUGCAGAUUUCGACGUGACAGACAGUGUGGCCUCCAUGUGCAACGAUUGGGCAUGGGUUUCCUUCGCAUUAGUGGGCUUGGUCUACACGCGGAGCUUUCUGAAAGCGUAUGGACUGGGAUCUGUCGGCUACUGCUUAUUGAUUUUGUGUGUUUCCGUACAAUGGUCAAUGAUUGUGGAGAGCCUGGUGAAUGGAACAGUGCUGCAUGUGAGCUUUGCGAACCUGAUGAAUGGUUGUUCUUCAGCUGCUGCGGUGCUAGUAUCCUUUGGGGCCCUGGUGGGCAAGGUCGAUCCUUUGCAGAUCCUGACGUUGGUGCUGAUAGAGCUCCCCUGCUAUUGCUGGAACAAAGUGGUUUUCCUUCAGAUGGGCAGUGAGAAGACGCCAUUGGUGCAGGACCGUGGGACCCUUCUGAUCUUCCUCUUUGGAUCCUUCUUUGGCCUGGCAGCUGGCAAGACCUUGGGGGUGCCAGAGAUGGACUGGCUGAAUCGCAGCCAGCGCAACACCGAGCUGCUCUCCCUCUUCGGUACCUGCUGCCUUUGGUGUUCUCUGCCCUCCUUCCCGAGGGGGGACAGUGAAACAUCCAGCUCAACCAUGGCGUGGCAACACACAGUGUUGGCACUGUUGGGCUCCACUGUGGCCACCUUUACCCUGGAUCCCUUUCUGCACGACGGGCGUCUGGAGCCUGCGGCCGUGCGCUCUGCAGUGCUGGCAGGAGGUGUCGCCAUCAGUGGUGUGGCAGACAUCGUUGGGCCCUGCACAGCCUUAGCGGUGGGGUGCAUUGCUGGUUCCGCAUCGACCAUUUGUCUGGGUUUCAGCGACAAAAACGUUGACACCUCUGGUGUGUUUUAUGUCUACGGCCUACCGGCACUGAUCGGAGGGAUCACUUCAAUGGGAAGAAUCAACCAUGAAUCACUGGGGAACCAGGCCUUUGGUCUCUGCGGAACGUUAACGAUCGCCUGUUUGUCUGGUGCAGUCUGCGGCCGCUUGCUGCGAUCUCUACGUGGUUCGGUGGAGCUGGCCUUUAGCGAUGAAGUCCACUGGGACUGUGCGGAGGACCUGCCCCGAGGUGUGCUGAGUCUUUGA